GAUGACCGGGCGGCUAUACGUAGAAAUCGCGCUCCGACACAAACACAACAGUUGUGUAAGAGUCCUCCGAGCAGUCUCACUGGAAGGUUGGUUGUGGUUCGGUUCGGUUCGGUUCUGUCGUCUAACAUGUCAUUCCUGAGGUUAUGCGUGUCAGCGAGUACACGGCUCGUGUCUCGGACCGCGGCGGUGGACUCAGUGUUUCCAGGCUCUGCGCGGUCAGCCAGCGGAGCCCUGAAGGACCAGGAGCCGCUGAGGAAGCCCAAAACCCCGCAGGGCCGGUUUGACCUUCCGGAGGAGAAGAACAAAGAUGUUCUAGAGAAGUUUCCUGACAACAUAAACCCUGUAACCAAGGAGAAAGGUGGUCCUCGGGGUCCAGAGCCCACCAGAUAUGGAGACUGGGAGAGGAAGGGCCGCUGUGUGGACUUCUAGUGAAGUCCUGCUUUUUUCCCACAUGGCGUGUGAUCCUGUGCAGCGGCGUCAGAGAAGACACUGAUUAUCGCAUCAGAAGAUGAGACUGAGACAGUGUGUAGCUGUGUAAAUAUUUACUGUAUAUGUGUACAUUCAGAAGAGUGAACUAACAUGAGGAAACUGGUGUCCCACAUGUAACUAAAGGAUGAUUCUGUCCAAACUUCA